CAGCCAACAAGCGAAAAAAUAACUAAAAAGUCAAGUGUUUGCGUGUCUCAGCGGUGUGUCUCACUACAGGAAAAUAUUUGUCGGCUUUUCACUUAUUCAAUUGAAUAAAGUCAACAAGCGACAUGGCUAACUCUCUAUUAACAUACCUAUCGGUCGUCUGUUUAAUUUGGUCCGUGCAAUCAGCCAUCGACGUCGAAAUUCAAAACAAAAAUGUCGAACGAACAAUCGAUUUGACAUCGCAGCUCGUCAAGAUAUCGUACAAAAUCACAUUGGAGCACAGUGCCAAGAAAAACAUCAAUUCGUAUUCGUUUUUGGUGCCGACAAGCGAUCGCAGUGCCUUGGCUUACAUUUCGAUUCGGGACUCGUCCAAAAAGGAUAUCAAACCGACUGAAGAAACUAGUCAGAAUGGGGCCGUAUUUGUGGUUAACCUGCCAGCAAACGCCCCAACACAAAUUUUAUUGGUCGAAACAGUGUUCACAAAGUCAUUGUUGCCGUACCCAACGGAAAUCCAGCAGUCCGAUCGUCAACUGGUUCGAUACUUUGGAAACGCUCAUUUCUACAGUCCGUUCAAGACAUUGAGCCAAAAGACUACCGUUCAAUUGAGCUCGAAAAAUGUUGAAAGUUACACUGCCGUCAAGCCGUCAUCGCAAUCCGACUCUACAAUUACUUAUGGCCCUUAUGAGAACGUUGCAGCUCUUUCAUCACAACCAAUUACCAUUCACUUCGAGAAUCAGUCACCAUUUUUGACAGUUACCCGUUUGGAGCGUGUAAUCGAAGUGUCGCAUUGGGGCAACAUUGCUGUGGAGGAAACAAUUGACAUGGUUCAUUCAGGUGCAACGCUUAAGGGAUCAUUUUCUCGUUAUGAUUACCAGAAAGAUGGUCGUAGCGGUCAAGCAAGCAUCAAAUCGUACAAAACAAUAUUGCCUGCAUCGGCCUCUGGCGUCUACUAUCGCGACACAAACGGCAACAUCUCAACAUCAGCCAUGCGGGUACACAAGGAUUCAGUAGAAUUGGAUUUACGUCCCCGAUUCCCCUUAUUCGGCGGAUGGAAAACUCAUUACACUCUUGGUUACAAUGUUCCCAGCUUCGAAUAUCUGUUCCACACUGGCGAAAACUAUUUGCUUAAGAUGCGACUCGUCGAUCACAUUUACGACGACAUGGCCAUCGAUGAAAUUGUGGUGAAAAUUAUUCUUCCCGAAGGAAGUACGAACAUCAAAUUGAUAACGCCAUACCCAGUAACAAGAAAACCCGACUCGCUACACUACACGUACUUGGAUACGUUCGGCCGGCCGGUCAUUCAGUUUACGAAGAGUAAUUUGGUCGAAAAUCAUAUCCAUGAGUUCAAUUUGAAGUACACUUUCCCGAAAAUUGUGAUGAUUCAGGAGCCGCUGCUGAUUGUCGGCUUCCUUUACAUUUUGUUUUUGUGCGUCAUCAUUUGGAUGAGACUUGAUUUUUCGAUAACAAAGGAAAAGGAAACACAUCUGCACAAGGAAUAGAUUUCCGAUCUCAUUUCGGUCAGUAAGUUCUUUUUCACCAUUUCGUGUUUUUUUUUUGGUUAUUUUUAUCUUCUUUUUUUACGUUAAAAUCGCUUUAAACAUGAAACAUUCACAGUAGCCGGAGAACAAAUUAAUUUUUUGUGUGAUUCGAUUUAUAUUAAGUAGAAACGUAAGCGAGCACUCUCGUGUUGGUUUUCCGAUUUUUGCUGAUUAAAUAACGGACACAAAUUCAUUCCGGUCGAAUAUUAGUCAUAAACACUAAGACCUCUCAGAGCUGUUACUUUAGUUUGUAAUAUUGUGAAGGAUGUGAUCUAUGAUUUCCCUUGAUUUGAUUAAAGUUGAUUCGUUCUGACCAUUAAA